GAAUUCUUUGAUUUUAUUAUCUUUUAUCUAUAUAUACAUCAUGUCAUGCUGUUAGCAGAGCGUACAGUUAUAAAUAUAGAUAAUAUAUCUAUUAUCUAUGUUUAUAAAUUAUAACAAUCAUAUAUCAUAAGAUAUAACAUGUAUUGUAAUAAUAAUUAAUUCUCCAUCUGCAAUCUGUGAAAAACUGAAAAGCCUUUUUAGUUAUUUCAGGUUGUGUAUGCGUCAAAUGUCGAUGAGUUAUUUGAAUUUGAUUGUCACAAAAUGUCAACACCAAAUACAAAGUCAGUCCUCAAUAGACAUUUUCCGUUUGCCAAGAAAAAACCGAAUAUACCUUCUAAACUAUCUGAUAAAGUCGAUACAAAGAUAAGCAAACAAAAACUUAUUGAAGAAAAAAGUUUUCCUAUUGUUAAAACUACAGAGACUAAUCGAUGCGAUGUUUUAACAGAAAAUAAUGAAAAGGCUAAACCUAUUCAAGAAAAAUUGUUUUGUAAUGAAAUCCCUAAAAAAACUAUAUCCUCAAAUUUUAAUACAGUUAUAUCACAAAAUGAAGAUUCUGAAAUUAUAUCUAAAAAAAGGGAGUCUAUAUCUCGGAAAUCAUCUACUGUAUCAGAAGUUAGUAUAGAUGAUAUUAAAAAACCUAAAGAGAACUAUCAACGUUGGAAUAUUCCUUUCUCAAGUAAAUUUAAAGGCAAAGAAUUUGAUAAAACAUUAUUGACUAUGCAAGAUCUAAUAUAUUAUAAUCCAGUCACCAAUCCUAUAAUCAAAGAACCCAAAGUGGAACACAAAGAAGAAGACGAUCCUGAUAAUGAUUUGUUGUCUAUAGAUUCCGAACAAAAGCCAACAGUUCCUACUAACUGCAUAACUCCAUGUAUCAAAGUAGGUAUCGAUGGAAAAAUAAUAAUUGAUCAAGAGACAUUAACUUUAAAUGAGACUGGUCUAGAAGAAAAACGAGAAGAAUUGGCUAAAUCUAAAGUUAUUGAAGAAUCUCCAUACCAUUCAAGAAGUUAUUCUUAUAAACGCAAAAAAGAAGCUUCUAAACAAUGGUCCAAAGAUGAAACACUUAAAUUUUACAAAUGUUUAAUGAAUUUUGGUACUGACUUUUCAAUGAUUCAGCAAUAUUGUCCUAAUCGAACUCGAGCUCAAAUCAAACGAAAAUAUAAAACAGAAGAGAAAAAAAAUCUUCAGCUUGUAAAUGUGGCACUAACUAAUACAACACAUUUUGAUAGUGCUAGCAUUGAAGAUAUGCUUGAAAAUGAUAAUAUUGAAGUAAAGGUAGUUGAAAAACUUAAUAAAACUGCAGACCCAGUAGUCAACAAUAAAAACAUUGAUCGUAGACGUCAUAAAGAUGUAGUACGGUCAGAUUGUAGAAAAAUAAGCAUGUGUGCCUAUAUGUUGGAAGAAGAAAUUGUAAUAAAGAAUAAAAGAAAACGUCCCAAUGAAAUAAUUACAGCAAAAGAAUUGAAAAAAGAGCUAGCUGAUAUGUCAAGUUUAAAGAUCAAGAAAAAAACCCAUACACUGUCAAGCGUUGAAGCAGGUACAAAUAAAGAAAGUUUAAAACAUAGUAGUGAUGAAAAUAAUUUGAACCCUAAAGUUCGAACAUUACAAGAUUUUCAUGAAGAAUAUCAGGAAUGUAUUACGAAAUAUGAAGAAUCAAAUAGCGAAUGAAAGAAAAAUAUUUAAAAUAUUGUUGAUUUUGUUACACUAUGUAAAUUAUGUUGUUCACUUUAACUGAUAUUAUUACAGGGCUUAUUAUAAUAUUAUUUUAAAACAAUAAAAAUAUUUUUUUAUAUUAAAUUGAUAGCAUUCAAUUUUAAGUGUUAAUGCAUUGGUUGGAGCAUCCACUGGUUUAUGUUGGCUAAUUACAGACAGUCAGUGUCGGCCUGGUUCUAAAGGGCCCAGGCAGGAUUUUAUUUGGAAGGGCCCCAGCCCCCAUACUACAAAAUGUAUUUAUUAUAAUUAAAUGAAAUAAAUCAUAAAUAUGAAAAAUGAUGUAAUACAUUAUAURUAAGAGACUCUAUAUUUGUCAUUKAGCCGUCACUGCAGACAGUUAUAACUUAAACACUACGCUUAUAUGAUAGCAUUUAAACGUUCUCACCGUGUAGCUUAAGAAUUUCAAACGGUUUUAAAGCCAUCAUAUAAACGUAGAAAUAGUGAGAAAAAAACAUUCUCACAUUUACACCUGGAGUGCCUGAUAAUUAUAUCAAUGGUAUCAUUAAUUAUUACUGAAGUCAUUACAUAUCCAUCAGAUAACUAUAGAAUUUUAUAUUAUCAAGUACCAGUACCCAUGUGUGCAUUUUAAAAUAGGUAGGUACUUUAAAAUAAAAUGCUAAACUUAUUUGUGGCCCUAGAUAUUAUUUGCUA